CACACUCUCUCUCACUCUCUCUCUCUCUCAGAUCUUCUGUGCUGUUCUUCUCUCACUCUCUCUCGUGUCUCCAGACUGGAGUCAUGGAAUCAGGCAUCACUCCACGUCCCGCGGUCUGAUCCUCUCGGGAAUCAUCGGAUCUGAUGGGACAUUUAAGGAUGUUUUUCCCUGAUGUCUCAUAUUCACUGCUGUUGUUGGGAAUCUCGUGUCUGACUGGCUUCACUAAGACUUCACAAGAGUUCUCAGGUUAUCUGUCGAGUGUGCUGAGGAAUUACACCGAACAGGCGUGUGACGGAGAAUUCCUGACUGUUCACUGUCCGCCCAGAACCUCCAUCACCAUCCAAUCGGCUUUCUACGGGAGAACAGACCCCGCCCACUCACCUCAGUGCUCUUCCCCUUACAGCAGUGCUGGAACAUUCUCAUUGCAUGACAUCACUUCCUGUCAUGUGUCCACAUCCUUGCAGAAGAUGCUGGAUGAAUGUGAGGACAGGCGGACGUGUCAGGUUCUUGUCAACAGUCGUUUGUUUGGGACAGACCCCUGUCCCACCGUCAGCAAAUACCUCAGUGUGCAGUUCAAGUGCAGACCGAGUGAGUUUAAGAGUAAAGUGGUGUGUGAAGGCGAGCGCCUGCGGUUGGGCUGUAAGGUGGGGAUGCAAAUCACGGUUUAUUCAGCCAUGUUCGGCCGCACACAGCAGGGAACACUGGAGUGUCCUCCACACCACCGGAGGGCGCCGUCUGUCGACUGCUGGUCUGAUGUGGCUCUGCAGGUGAUGACAUCACGUUGCCAGGGGAAACGCUCCUGUGUGGUCCGCGCCUCGACACAAGAGUUUGGUGACCCCUGUUACCACGGCACCCGCAAAUACCUCAGUGUCAUCCACACCUGUGGUGAGUUACACACCUCACACACCUUCAUUCCCAUUCAUAACUACACUACACUGAGAAACCGCUCACUUGUGUUGCUGCAAACCAUUACUGAGCAGUCAUAA